CCCACGCAAGCUGCUUUGCGCGGGUUGUGAUGUCUGCCGCAGGGGCAUUGUGCUGCUUUGUUGCAAGUGCAUUCCUGCAAGGCCAGAGUUUCGAGUUCCCUGCUCGUGAUCUUGACAGCAUUGGGCUGUCUGCGAGCGAGUGGGUUCGUGGGUUCAAGCGGAGCAGAUUUAGAAACUGUAUUUCUAUCGUGAGCCCAGCAGAAGCAGACCACAACAGAGGCGGUACCGAGCUGGAAAUGUCCAGCACGACCGCAACAAGCGUGUGGGCGACAUGCGGCGAGCCCGAGGUCCGUCGAUGUCCUGCAGGAGGCCCUCUUUCUUCACCGCAAGAGUUUCUUCUUGCCAAUCCUCCAGGCCCGUACACGUGCCUGAGGACGGUCGACCAUCGGUCGGUGGCCAUGCUGCCGUUUCAUCUGGACAGGCUCUGGCAGUCUUCUCAAGCCACCGGUUUUGGACCCGCGGCUAGGGCGCAAGGUCGGCAAUCGCUGGAACAGGAGACGGUGGAGACCAUCGCUCGGGUGACCGAAUCGUUUCGAGAAGAGAACGCUGGCGGCGGCUGCCCAGAGUGCAUGACGACAGUCUUGUACACGCACCGCCGCAGGCUUGGCAAAGAAGACGCAGGCGAGGGCUUGUCAGACGAUGACCAACCCGGAGGAACGACAGCCUUCACGGGUACCAGAACGUCGAAACGUCCACGAAAAGGGGCAGCCAGACCGACGAAAGACCGUGAAAUAUGCAUUAUGGCGCAUGCCUGGCCUUUGCCCACGCCCCCGGUGGAUGGAAGGCCCGCGGGAGUGAAGGUGCUCAUUGCCGGAUCGGGGAGAUCGUUGCCAAAAGCGAAGCACUCGAGCUGGUUGCGAGAUAGGAAACGACUGGAAGAGCUCAAAGCUCAGACAGGUGCACAGGAGGUAGUGCUGUCCGAGAUCGGGUUUUCACCUGAGGGGACUACUCGGAGACUCCUUCUAGAAGGACUAACCUCCAACUUCUUCGUCGUGGAGGAAGAUGGAGCAGUGAGCACAGCGCCAUCGGGAGUGCUCUUGGGAGGGAUGCGCCAACUCUUGAUCUCGGUGUGCGACAAAGAGGGAAUCGAAGUCCGGUUUGACGCUCCCGAUAUUUCCAGGGCUGGUCGCUGGCGAGAGGCGUUCCUGACAGGUAAAAGAGGAGGGUACGACCGCGGCCCUCGUGUACGCGCAUGA